AUGCACUAUGAUAUAUCACCGAGCCAUGAUUUCCUCCUGCGUGUUCACUGCGAUCCGCUUACGGAAAUGAUGCUUCCCUUGGCAAUACUGCUCAUAAUUUCAAUCAGCACUGUUCAUUCGCAAGGUUGGCAAGGUAUCGUUGGCCAAGCACUAGGAGCCGCCACACAAGCAGGUCAGCAAGCUGCAGCAGCGCAACAACCCGGUUGGGGACAACAGCCUGCUGCUGGUGCGUGGGGACAACAAGGUGCAUGGGGACAACAGCCUGCUGCUGGUGCGUGGGGACAACAACAAAGUGCAUGGGGACAACAACCCGCCGCAGGUGCAUGGGGUCAACAAACUGCUGGUGGUUGGGGGCAACAGCCUGCUGCCGCCGGCUGGGGACAACAGGGUCAGCAGUGGGGUCAAGCAGCCUCCAGCUUUGGAAGAUGGGGAAGAAAGUAAAGGAGUUGGCCUUAUUCUGCGAUUGUUUCGAUUUAGAAAUAAAUGUU